AUGAGCCUCAUCACGCAUGGGAGCAAAGACGGUGAUGUUACAGGACAGGCGUGAGCGGCGCAGUUAAAGAUGUUAAUGAGGGAAAAGGAGCUUUGUGCAGGAGUGAUUUCACAAACACACACACUCUACAAGGCCCCAUUUGGCUCUCUUAAGUUAUUUGAGGAUUACAUCCCAGCGCCAGAAUGUCCCAUGCUUACAGUUUGCUACCGGAGGAAGACAUAACAUUGGAGGAAGACAUAACAUUGGAGGAAGACAUCACUGUGGAGGAGAUCCUGGACUCAGGGGUUGUAAAAGACAACUCUGCUGUCAUUGACAAGGAUUCCAGUGAAACAGCCAUAGAAACGCCAUCUUCUUCACCAGUUUGGGAUACAGAUUUCCACAAAAAGUACGUGACGGUAUUAAGCAGCAACAAAUUCGACAGCCUUUUGAAGAUGAGUCCGGAUUUCCAAGCUUGCAAGAGCCACAUGGCGGCGUUUGUCCUCGUGAGAGAAGUGACAGACACAUCGGGGCGUGCAUGUGAUUCUUACCAGGUGGUGGCGUUGGGAACCGGUUGCUUCAGCUGCACCGGUUGGCUUGUUUUCAACGGGACGAUGGUGCACGACUGUCACGCCAUAAUCAUUGCCAGGCGGGCACUCCAGAGGUUCCUCUACAAGCAGCUUCUGCUCUUCUUUGACACCGACCCGCGGGCCAAGGAAGCAUGCAUAUUAGAGAGUUGUGGAGCCGGGCCGCAGCUUCAGCUCAAAGCCAAGACCAGCCUGCACCUUUACACCAAUCAGUGUCCUGAAGGAGCUGCCAAAAACGUCUACAUGAGGGGCUCCUACCUCAACAAUUGGACCCCCCUAAAGCUGUAUUAUAACGCCAAGGGUUCACUGGUGCCCGCUACCGUACUUGAGCCGAACCACUGGGCGGCCAAAGUGUGCUGCAUUUCGGGCACAGACAAGCUGUGUCUCUGGACCUUUGUGGGUGUGCAGGGCGCUCUGCUGAGCCACUUCAUCCAGCCACUUUACAUCACAAGCAUGGUGCUCGGUGGCCAGAAGGUGUACACCGACUACUUGUCGGACUUUAUCAAUGAAUGCCUGGGCAACGGCUGGGAGGACAUCCUGCCACCGUUCUACAAGAAAUAUGACACCAGGUUCCUGUGCUGCGAAGAGGUUAAGCCCAUUGAGGAGUCGCCGCAGCACGAUGUCCUCAGCAUCAACUGGUGCCUUGGAGACAAAGACAUUGAAGUGGUUGACAGCAGGAAAGGCUUCAUUGACCACCGUUCCCCGUCGGUAAGCGGGCCCGGCUUCUCCAGCAGGCUGUGCAAGAGAGCACUCUACAGUUACUUCCGUAAAGCAGCUCAGCUGGGCGGACUCAGCUGCUUGCUGGAUCGGCCCACCUAUCACAGCGUCAAGGUGGACGCAAGCGUCUACCAGACUGUAAAGAAGCUAAUCAAGCAGCACUUCCUAAGCAACCGCAGCGGCCCCUGGAAUGCCAAAAAGGAGGUGGACAUCUUUAGCGCCUGAACGGUUCUCCUUCAUGUUUAGGCAUUCAAGUUCUGUUUGGGGGGCAGGGGGGAACUGUUCAGAUAUUUUUGUUCUCAAAUUUACAAUCCAAAUUUUUGUUAAGUGUUUUUGUUGGAAAGAAAUUGUUCAAAAUAUACCC